AUGGCCAAAAGUCGGAAUAUUUCGCUCCUUGAAUCGGGUAAGGCGCAUAUAGUUGCCUAAUUCAUUGCUUAAAUUAUAGAUAAAGCUUGAUUUAAUUGAUAUCCAAUUGUGGUUACUAUUGUAUUCUAUUCACUUACAGAGCUAUAUUACCUAAUUUCACGUUUUCUGACAACGGGUCCAUGUCGGAGUGCGGCUGAGGUAAGCUGGCGUGCCUUAUUGACAUAAUUUCUUACUAUUCAAAAUUGUUGGCUAAUAGUUUAUGAAAGCAGCACAUUCGAAACACCUAUUUGUUUUAAUCAAUUGCAGGUUCUAGCGAGCGAACUAGAAGAGUAUCAGGUGUGUAUUCCGGCAGCGUUCUGCGGUCGGUGUAUGUAGCUAGUGAUCCCGAUUGGACUGGAACGUAGAACUUGUCUCACUCAAGACUUUUAAUGCUUCUCUGGCCGCCUCACUCGUUUGACAUCACACGUUUUUACUAACUUAAUUUCUGGCAGUAUUUCUAGCAUCUUCAUUGUUGUGAUUUACACUAAUACGCUCUAUUUGGGAUAGCUUUUACCCUGCAGAUUAGACUGGCAAGGAAAUGAACAUCCAAGAUCUUACGAAGAUUUGGUAAGUUUAUGAUCAAUAGAUGUAAACUCAUUGUCGAAUGUCUGUUAUUGUUGAAUGACAGCCACGUUGUGUGUCCAUGCUUGGGCCAUUUACUCUUUGUUCUAUUCAGAUUUAAUCGUUGUUACAUUCUUGUUACAUAAUAACCUGAUUUUAAUUUUUACCGGUAUGUAGGAUUACGUAUUUUCGUAUGUCUCGAAAGCUUGACACUGUAGUAUAGAAACAAAUUUGAUAGAGCAUUUAUAAAUGUAUCUGUUGUACUGCAGAUAGGGUGGGGACUCUUGGGGUUCUGGCUACGUCAGGACACCACUGUUGACCAAUCCACGUCCUAGAAAGGCUGUCGUUGCGUUAUUAUCCUUGUAACCUGUGUUGUGAUUCGUCGGUUGAUUAAUGUGUUUUACAUAAAACGUUCUGCCCACAAAGAAUAUAGCACACUGGUGGAACGAGAUCAGAUGUACAUGAAGAACCCAAGUUAUGUCAGUUAUUUUUUUGCCCCUAGAAAAAUUAAGAAAUUAUAUUUUCUUACAGUGCCACUGGCUGACAGUAUACAGAAAUAUUAGACAAAGACUUUGAUCCAAAUAAUAAAUAGACAAUGUGGUUGCAGUUCUGUAGUUUCAUGGUUCCUGGUGUCAUCAUUAUUUACAUUUUGUAAAAAAUGUUUAGUCAUUUAGCAGAUGCGCCAGAGCGACUUACAGGAGCAAUUAUUGUUAAGUGCCUUGCUCAAGGGCACAUCGACAGAUUUUUCACCUAGUCUUCUCUGGGAUUUGAGCCAACGACCUUUCGGUUACUGGCCUAACGCUCUUGACCGCUACCCAACCUACAAAUGUUGUGAUGGCUUGAUUGAAGAAGGAACAAAGCAUACAUAAUGGUUUAACUUGUAACAAUGAAAGCUGGAUGAGUCAUUCUGCUCAUCAACACUAUGUUUGAUCCCAUAGGUUGCAGCCAACAGACACAUUGCACCUGACCAUUUGAUGCAGAUCUGUAAACAGAUUGGGCCGAUUCUGGACAAAGAGGUGCCAUCAUGUGUUCCAGGCGUACAUUCCCUACUGGGAACCGGGAGGCAGUCCUUACUCAGAACUUCAAAAGGUGCAGAACUUUACAUGUAUCUUGUCUGAGCGUGAAUUCUAAAUGUAUACAUCAGCAACUAUUCGUUCUGAAAUCGAAUUGUAAAAUGAAAUUAUUAAAUUACCUUUUUCUUUCCACCUCUUCCAGAUUACGGCAAUGUUCGGAGGAAAGGCUCGUCAUUUGCUGCCCUGCACAGAGGGAGACCACCAGAGAUGCAUUUGACCUGCAAGGAUCCUCCAAAUCUAGGUGGGUAUUCCCUGACACAGGAUUGACAUGUUCACACAUUAUUAUUUUCUAUUGAUGCCGGUACUGUAAAUUCAAUGUUUGCUUAUUUUCUGUUAACAUGAUUCUGUUGUUAUCAUGUUUGGACUCUAAAUUAUAGUGUUUUGUCCUUCACAGUGGAGGUUUACAGAGGAAGGGAGCUGACAGGUACUCAACGGUUCAGCACUGUGAACCCUGUGAGCAACUAUCAGCACAUGCGGAUGCACAGGAGGAUUCUGGGUCAUCUGUCUGCAGUUUACUGCAUCGCUUUUGAUCGAACCGGUCUCAGGAUUUUCACUGUGAGUUGUGUCAUCAUAAAGAUAAAGUUCUUGGGGGAAAUCAUGUUAGGUGGUAUACCUGAGGCUCAUCACUUUAUCUACCUUGUCAAACCUACUUUCAAGGGCUCGGACGACUGCUUGGUGAAAAUAUGGUCUUCGUUUGACGGGAGGCUUCACUCCACACUGAGAGGACAUUCUGCUGAGAUCUCAGACCUGGCUGUCAGCUUUGAGAAUACCUUGAUGGCGGCUGGCAGUUGUGACAAAACCAUCCGAGUGUGGUGCCUUCGUACCUGUGCCCCUAUGGCUGUCCUACAGGGGCACAGUGGCUCUAUUACCUCCCUACAGGUAGGAGCUUCCAUAUUCCUCCAACACCCUUAUUAUGUUUCUAUCUGACUGUAAUGUUAGCCGGGCAAAGAGUAUGUAAGCUAAUGCUGUCCACAGUUUUGCAAAUGUAGGACACCAUGCAACAGUGUAAUGGGAUAACUGCACACAGCACUUUUUAUCCCAUGAUGUACAGUGAGGAAAAAAAGUAUUUGAUCCUUUGCUGAUUUUGUACGUUUGCCCACUGACAAAGAAAUUAUCAGUCUAUAAUUUUAAUGUUAGGUUUAUUUGAACAGUGAGAGACAGAAUAACAACAACAAAAAUCCAGAAAAAUACAUGUCAAAAAUGUUAUAAAUUGAUUUGCAUUUUAAUGAGGGAAAUAAGUAUUUGACCCCCUCUCAAUCAGAAAGACUUCAGGCUCCCAGGUGUCUUUUAUACAGGUAACGAGCUGAGAUUAGGAGCACACUCUUAAAGGGAGUGCUCCUAAUCUCAGCUUGUUACCUGUAUAAAAGACACCUGUCCACAGAAGCAAUCAAUCUAUCAGAUUCCAAACUCUCCACCAUGGCCAAGACCAAAGAGCUCUCCAAGGAUGUCAGGGACAAGAUUGUAGACCUACACAAGGCUGGAAUGGGCUACAAGACCAUCGCCAAGCAGCUUGGUGAGAAGGUGACGACAGUUGGUGCGAUUAUUUGCAAAUGGAAGAAACACAAAAUAACUGUCAAUCUCCCUCGGCCUGGGGCGCCAUGCAAGAUCUCACCUCGUGGAGUUGCAAUGAUCAUGAGAACGGAGGAAUCAGCCCAGAACUACACAGGAGGAUCUUGUCAAUGAUCUCAAGGCAGCUGGGACCAUAGUCACCAAGAAAACAAUUGGUAACACACUACGCCGUGAAGGACUGAAAUCCUGCAGCGCCCGCAAGGUCCCCCUGCUCAAGAAAGCACAUAUACAGGGCCGUCUGAAGUUUGCCAAUGAACAUCUGAAUGAUUCAGAGGAGAACUGGGUAAAAGUGUUGUGGUCAGAUGAGACCAAAAUCAAGCUCUUUGGCAUCAACUCAACGUGUUUGGAGGAGGAGGAAUGCUGCCUAUGACCCCAAGAACACCAUCCCCACCGUCAAACAUGGGGGUGUUUUUCUGCUAAGGGGACAGGACAACUUCACCGCAUCAAAGGGACAAUGGACGGGGCCAUGUACCGUCAAAUCUUGGGUGAGAACCUCCUUCCCUCAGCCAGGGCAUUGAAAAUGGGUUGUGGAUGGGUAUUCCAGCAUGACAAUGACCCAAAACACACGGCCAAGGCAACAAAGGAGUGGCUCAAGAAGAAGCACAUUAAGGUCCUGGAGUGGCCUAGCUAGUCUCCAGACCUUAAUCCCAUAGAAAAUCUGUGGAGGGAGCUGAAUGUUCGAGUUGCCAAACGUCAGCCUCAAAACCUUUAAUGACUUGGAGAAGAUCUGCAAAGAGGAGUGCCUGAAUUUUGCAGGACCCCAGGAAGAGUGGCAGCAGCUAAUGGGGAUCCAUAAUAAAUACAAAGACUAAACCUGAUUGCUUCAGCAGCUCACAUUGGACCACUGGUGUGAUUGCUCUCUGUACUGUAGACAUCCCUCAGUAUAGAUGUGGGUGCAUAAGUCUGUCUAUCUGGAACAGCAUUUAACUGGGUGAAUUACAUCUGUCCUCAGUUCUCACCGUUUGCCAAGGGCUCAAAGAGAUACCUGGUGUCCACUGGAACUGAUGCAACAAUCUGCUUUUGGCAGUGGGAUGUCAAUAACAUAAAUUUCAGGUGAAUUUCAACUGCUGGUAAUUUGAUCAAGAUAAUUGCAUCCUGAAAAUUACAUCAAAAGUCUGAAACAUUUACACUCUGUUUGUAAAGUGAUCGCCCGCAGAAGUUUACAGAGCGACCCAGGCCGGGAGUUCAGAUGGUGUGCUCAUCAUUCAGUCCAGGUAACGAUGUCAAGAUAGCAGUUUUAUGUAAAAGAAUGCUUUGGAUCUUUAAAAACGUUUCAACAAAUUGAUCAUACAGUACAUGUUAUACUCACCAUAGCUGAUAUGAUUUUCAACAGAAGUAUUGAUCUAGUUUUUUACCUCACCAACUGUUACAAGUACAAGUUAUUUUAACAUGGGUAUACAGAGGGUCUGAACCAAAUUGGGAUACAUUUAUAGUAGUUUUUGUGUUUUAUAAAACAUUUUAGGUGGCAUGUUCUUAGCGACGGGAAGUACUGACGAUGUCAUCAGAAUUUAUUACCUGGGAGGUGGGAACCCUGAAAAAAUAUCAGAGCUUCAUGAACACACGGUAAGAUCCCUUGAAGAAUAGAUAACCCAUCACAUAGCAGCGAACAGCUGAACACAAGGAAGAAUGAGUUCCUAAAACAAAUCAUCAUUAAAUCCAUUCAAGCUUUAAUUUACAAUAAAUACAAACAACGUUGAUGUAAUAUUCUAAUAAUUGUUGUCAAUAUAUGUUCUCAUUUUUAGGACAAGGUUGACAGCAUCCAAUUUUGCCACUCAGGAGAAAGGUAUGAUAAAUGUGAUUAGGUGAAGCACUCACCUUAGCCCAACAGUUUUACUUUGUUAAAGCAUACUUUAUAUAGAUUUUCUAUUGUGUUAUUGACUGUACGUUUUGUUUAUCUCAUAUGUAACUGUGUUGUUGUUUUUAUCGCGCUGCUUUGCUUUAUCUUGGCCAGGUCGCAGUUGUAAGUGAGAACUUGUUCUCAACUGGCUUACCUGGUUAAAUAAAGGUGAAAAAAUAGUGUAGUGGUUCCCAACCUUUUUCACGUCACUGUACCACAAACUGAAUUUUGCUCUGCCUGGAGUACCCCUGAAGUACCCCCUCAUUUGCAUUUGACCAGUAACCCUAUGCUCUUAUGAGUCUUAUCAAGUACCUCCUGUGGAUAGGCCAAGUACCCCCAGGGGUCAUUGUACCACUGGUUGGGAACCACUGGUCUAGAGUUCAUUGUCUUGGUUUGCCUCGUCUCGUAGGUUUGUGAGUGGCAGUCGAGAUGGCACAGCACGCAUCUGGAGGCUGACUCAGCGUCAGCAGUGGAGGAGCCUUCUUCUCAACAUGAACGCCACUCUACCAGGGUUAGGAAUGAACAGCUUGACGGCACCAUUACAUACUUGCAUCUAUGUUUUCCUCCUUUCAUAUGAACUUUCUCCUCAGCUCGGAACACGCAACCAAUGAGGAAAGCUUUUUCAAGCCCAAGGUCACCAUGGUAGCGUGGGAUCGCCAUGACAACUCAGUAAUCACAGCGGUCAACAACCAUAUCCUCAAAGUGUGGAACUCCUACACGGGCCAGCUGCUACAUAUCCUUAAAGUAGGAGCAAUCGCAUUGUUUUACAUUCCAUUUGUGAACAGUGCUGUCUCACAAAGAUAGCUGAGGACAUUUUGUAUCUGUGACUACUAGUAGUGUAGAUCAAUUUCCAUCCUUCAACUACAGUGCAUUCGGAAAGUAUUCAGACGCCUUCACUUUUUCCACAUUUUGUUACGUUACGGUCUUAUUCUAAAAUAGAUGUAAAAAAUAAUAAUCCUCAAUCUACAACUAAUACCCCAUAAUGACAAAGCGAAAACAGGUUUUUAGAUUUGUUUUGGCAAAUUUAUUAAAAAUUAAAAACAGAUACCUUAUUUACAUAAGUAUUCAGACCCUUUGCUAUGAGACUCAAAAUUGAGCUCAGGUGCGUCCUGUUUCCAUUGAUUAUCCUUGAUGUUUCUACAACUUGAUUGGAGUCCACCUGUGGUAAAUUCAAUUGAUUGGACAUGAUUUGGAAAGGCACACACCUGUCUAUAUAAGGUCCCACAGUUGACAGUGUAUGUCAGAGCAAAAACCAAGCCAUGAGGUCGAAGGAAUUGUCCGUAGAGCUCCGAGACAGGAUUGUGUCGAGGCACAGAUCUGGGGAAGAGUACCAAAACAUUAAUGCAGCAUUGGAGGUCCCCAAGAACACAGUGGCCUCCAUCAUUCUUAAAUGGAAUAGGUUUGGAACCACCAAGACUCUUCCUAGAGCUGGCCGCCUGGCCAAACUGAGCAAUCGGGGGAGAAGGGCCUUGGUCAGGGAGGUGACCAAGAACCUGAUGGUCACUCUGACAGUGCUCCAGAGUUCCUCUGUGGAGAUGGGAGAACCUUCCAGAAGGACAACCAUCUCUGCAGCACUCCACCAAUCAGGCCUUUAUGGUAGAGUUGCCAGACAGAAGCCACUCCUCAGUAAAAGGCACAUGACAGCCCGCUUGGAGUUUGCCAAAAGGCACCUAAAGGACUCUCUGACCAUGAUAAACAAGAUUCUCUGGUCUGAUGAAACCAAGAUUGAACUCUUUGGCUUGAAUGCCAAGCGUCACGUCUUGAGGAAACCAGGCACCGCUCAUCACCUAGCCAAUACCAUCCCUACGGUGAAGCAUGGUGGUGGCAGUAUCAUGUUGUGGGGAUGUUUUUCAGCAGCAGGGACUGGGAGACUAGUCAGGAUCGAGGGAAAGCUGAACGGAGCAAAGUACAGAGAUCCUUGAUGAAAACCCGCUCAGGACGUCAGACUGGGUUGAAGGUUCACCUUCUAACAGGACAACGUCCCUAAGCACACAGCCAAGACAACGCAGGAAUGGCUUCGGGACAAGUCUCUGAAUGUCCUUGAGUGGCCCAGCCAGAGCCCGGACUUGAACCCAAUCUAACAUCUCUGGAGAGACCUGAAAAUAGCUGUGCAGCGACACUCCCCAUCCAACCUGACAGAGCUUGAGAGGAUCUGCAGAGAAGAAUGAGAGAAACUCCCCAAAUACAGGUGUGCCAAGCUUGUAGCAUCAUACCCAAGAAGACUCGAGGCUGUAAUCGCUGCCAAAGGUGAUUCAACAAAGUACUGAGGAAAGGGUCUGAAUACUUAUGUAAAUGUGAUAUCUGUUUUUUAUUUCUUUAUAAAUUAGCAAAAAUUAAUAAAAUCCUGUUUUUGCUUUGUCAUUAUGGGGUAUUGUGUGUAGAUUGAUGAGGGGGAAAAACCAUUUAAAUCCAUUUUAGAAUAAGGCUGUAAGGUAACAAAAUGUGGAAAAAGUGAAGGAGUCUGAAUACUUUACAAAUGCACUGUAUUUGUAUAUGAAGAAUAGUUGAAGGAUAGUCCUAGAUUCCUUGGUCAGGAGGACAUUAUAGUUGUUCUACUGUUUGUCCCCUUGUCACUGUAAGCAUGCUUUUCAGGAGCAUUUCCUCAAAUAUUUUUGGCCAAUGACUUAGUCAAAUUGCAGAAUACCAUCAGACAGUGAGUUGACCUGACAGUUGUGUGAUGCUCUGUGCAGGGCCACGAGGCUGAAGUGUUUGUCCUGGAGCCCCACCCCUCAGACCCCAGGAUCAUGCUGUCUGCUGGCCAUGACGGAAACGUCUUCAUCUGGGACAUCGUCCGGGGCACAAAGACACAGCACUACUUCAACAUGGUGAGGAGGAGCCACGCACCACAGAAGACUUAACAGUAACAUCCAUUCUCUCCAACUAUGACUGACUCCAUCUUGGUUGCUCUGUCUCCCCUACAGAUUGAGGGCCAGGGUCAUGGUGCUGUCUUUGACUGCAAGUUCACUCCCGACGGCCAGCGCUUUGCCUGCACAGACUCCCACGGCCAUCUGGUCAUAUUCGGCUUUGGGAGCUCUAAGCCAUACGAGAAGGUAAGGAUGCAGCUCCUACUACAUAUAUGCAUAGGAAAGAGUCCUCUAUUCAAUGGUUUGAGAUGACGUCCCAGUGAGAUUGACUGCCUGUCUUUGUCCAGCUUCCAGAUCAGGUGUUUUUCCACACUGACUAUCGGCCACUGAUCCGGGACGCCAAUGGCUUUGUGCUGGACGAGCAGACCCAGCAGGCACCCCACCUCAUGCCCCCUCCCUUCCUGGUGGAUGUGGAUGGGAACCCCCACCCCCCCAGAUACCAGCGGCUGGUCCCCGGGAGGGAGAACAUUGCUGACGAACACCUGGUGCCUCAGCUGGGAUAUGUCGCCACAAGUAUGUUACUACCUCAGUACUUGACUGUCUCAGUCUGCCUGCUUUGACCAUAUCUUUUAGUUAAUUUGACUAUUUAUACAGCAUUUAUGAGGCAGUUGUAAGGCAGUAUGAUCCUGGUGUUUAUUUGACCAGUACAUCCCCACACUAAAAGAGCAGUUGGGCACGUGUGUUUGUGUGGAUGGGUGGGUUCUGUUUGACCAGUGCAACUACCAUCUGUUUCUCUGAGAGUUUGUGAGUGGGUUGGUUAAUCUGUUCGAGUGAGUAAAUGGGUGUGUUACUGAAGACCCUUGCCACUACCUCACGCAGUGUCCAUGUUGUCCCCCUCAGGUGAUGGCGAGGUGAUGGAGCAGGUGAUCAGUCAGCUGAUCACGGACCACGAGGAGGCCACGGCCAGACGCAGCGUUCUGGAUGACGCCAUCAGGCAGCUGCAGGAGCAGCAGGACAGGCAGAGCAGACCAGGGACAUUGGCCCCAGCAGAGGCUCCAGCACAGGCCCCAGCAUUCCCAGCCCCCAGCACCCCACUCAGAGGUACCAGAACACACCCACACUGUCAGUUCUACUUGCAGUAUUGUGUCGUGGCAUGCAAGAUAACAUGCUCCUAGCUCUCUUUUCCUUUCCAUAAACUACCAUUGCUGUUGGGCAUGCUCAAAUACUUCACAUUCCUACAUGUUGAUGAUUAAGGACGCCAUUGGAAAUGGAAAAUACGUUCUCAUCCCUUAUGGUUGAAUGAAUGAUUGGGUCCUGGAAAAGCAGUCAUGUUGUGUUCCCUCCUCUCCCGCUCUGUACCCAGCGUCAGUGAAUGAGCGAGGUGCAGCUGAGGUGCAGUCGUCCCCUAACGUGGGUCUGCGGCGCAGUGGGCAGGUGGAGGGGGUGAGACAGAUGCACCAGAACGCCCCUCGCAGCCAGAUGGCCACGGAGCGGGACCUGCAGGCCUGGAGACGCAGGGUGGUGGUACCUGAGCUCUCAUCCAGCGUCUACAGGUGAGACAGACAUCCCUCUAUUCCUCAAACAACAGGGGGAGAUCAUUUGUAUAGUUGGUUAUAUAAGACAAAGGAUGUCAUGUGUAUAUAAACAAGUCUACUCCUAAAUGGUUAAUCUCUAGAACAUUAUUCCUGAAAUGGAAGUUGAAAUGAAAUGUCUAAAUGAUCUUGUAGUUGCCAGGAUGACUUCCGAAUUACAAAAGGAGAGGAGGAAAUUGCCUUAUACAAUGCAAAGAAACGACGUGUGACAUACGGAAGUUGUAGAGUAAGUAGACAUAUUUAAUCAUUUAAAAAUCAUGACUGACCACAGGGAUUUUAAAAUGAUACUGACCUCAUACCUGCAUUUCUGCUUUGCUUCUGCCUCAGGAUGAUUCUGAAGAUGAGGUGCCUUGCAUCAAACGUGCACAGUCCCGCAAAAAGCAAAAAGUCUUCCAGCAGAGCAAAGAUGGGAUUGUGGAGGAAUUAAUCGAGUUCUCCUGUGAGGAGGGAGAGGAGACCGCAACAUCAGAGGUAUAUUCUACAAACCUGUGUGAUAAGAAAUAUGCUUUUGACAUGUCCGUUAGAGAAUAAUAAGCUAUUUGGAAUAUUGGUGAAAGUGGUAAAUCUUGCGAUCUCCUUCCCCACCUCUAGGACCAUGAGAUGGAGGGCAGUGAACUGGAUUCAUCCAAUGAGGAAGAGGAAUGGAAAAGUGACAGUUCAAGGUACAGAUAAGCUCUUUGCUUUUCUUGAUUCCUUGCAAAGAGGUACAUGACAUAUGUCAUAUUGUUGUUGUUUCCCUUGGUUUAAUGCUAACAUAACUUAUGUUGCCCAUGACAGCCACUCGUCCAGUGAGUACUCUGACUGGACAGCGGACGCUGGGAUUAACCUGCAGCCCUCCACUCCCGUGUCAUCACGGAAACGAGUUCGCCGCCAGCUUAGCAGCUCGGAGGAAGAGGAAGAUAAUGAGGAGGAAGAGGAGAAGCAGCAAAGUAACGAGGAAGAACCACCUCCUCAGACUAGCAAGCAGAAAUCCAAGAAGCCCAAAAGCAAGACGCCCAAGGUUAGCCACUGUACUAAGCUGCAUAUUUUGUUUGUUAAUGCUUGCAUCCUGCUCUGGUAUGACAAAAAGUAGUUUCACUUCCCUAUUGAAUAUUAAAUCAAUCUUACGUAAAUGUUCAUUUGUAUCACAGCGGCCUAAAGCCAGGCCAUCGAUCAAUAGAGAAGUGUCCAACGAGUUCAGACCCUCAACGUGGAUCACUGAUGUCAUUCCCAGGAAGUCUCCCUUCGUUCCCCAGAUGGGUGAUGAGGUACGUGGCUCUGUCUGGACCAUAUGGCUUCCCUACUGUGUUGUGUUCAUGUGUGAGUUGCUGGGGUCUAAAUCAGAGGAGGCUGGUGGGAGGAGCUAUAGUAAUGGCUGGAGUGGAAUAAAUGGAACGAUAUGAAACAUAUGGAAACCAAUUUUGACUCCAUUCCAAUGAUUCCAUUCCAGCCAUUUCAAUGAGCCCGUCCUCCUCUAGCUCCUCCCACCAGCCUCCUCUGGUCUAAAUACGGUUACCAUCUCUCCCUCAGGUAAUCUAUUUCCGCCAGGGUCACGAGGCGUAUGUGGAGGCGGUGAACAGGAACAACCUGUACCCCAUUAACAUGGAGAAACAGCCCUGGAGGAAGAUGGAGCUGAGGGUAAGAACAUCAUAUCCACUCUGCUCCAAACUAGGAAGUGGAUUAAUCUGUCUUCCACUGAUGCAGUAGAAAAUGGGUUAGUGUGUUGAGGGCCUGUGUCUAAGGACAUUGUUGAAGAGUAACUUGAAAUUCUCCUUCUUCUCUCUACAGGACCAAGAGUUUGUUAAAAUAACUGGGAUCAAGUAUGAAGUGUGCCCUCCGACACUGUGCCGCCUGAAACUGACGCUCAUUGACCACGGCACGGGCAAAAUCACAGACAAAUCAUUUUAUGUCAAGUAAAUGAUGCAACCACCUCAAAGUGUCUAACAUUUGAAGAUACAUGUACAUUUUUACAGACAUUACCAGAGACAUUUGGUAACUUUGGACUUCUGUACGCCUCCCCUCAGGUACCAUGACAUGCCGGAUGUGAUUGACUUCCUCGUGCUUCGGCAGAGUUAUGACGAAGCACGCAGUAGAGUCUGGCAGCCAAGUAAGUUAACAAGACGUCUCUCCUCAGGGCUCCUCAAACUACUCAAUGUCCAGUAACGCAUGAGAUGAAUGGGUGAACAUUUCGAUACAAUAUUUUCUGCAUUUCCCCCAUCUAAAAUGGUAAUAUCCUUCACUGCAGAUGACCGAUUCCGGUCAGUAAUAGAUGAUGCCUGGUGGUUUGGGAUCAUUGUUUGUCAGGAGCCAUAUCAGCCUGAAUAUCCGGACAGUCAUUUCCAGUGCUUCAAAGUCAGGUGAGAAUGUAUUAAAGUGCUAGUAUGAUUGGGUCUGCAAUGUUGGAAACCAGUCAAAAUGGUACCCAACGGUUGAUGCUUUCUGCGGUGGAUUGCAUGCUUCUAACUUGCUUGGUUUUGCUUUGUUGCCAGAUGGGACAAUGGUGAAACGGAGAAGCUAAGUCCUUGGGAUGUGGAAGCUAUUCCAGAGGAUGGUAAUUUACAGACUCUGUUGUUGUAAAUGGGACAUUCCAGGACUUAGUACAGAAGUACAAUAUUUGGUAAUUGACUGUAUGGUAACAAUGGUGUGUGUGCUCUUCAGCCCAGCAACCCGAGUCUGUAGGUGGAGGGGUUCAAGUGACCGCAGAGGAGAUGAGAGAGGUCAUGUAUAAACCGCAGACAGGAGAGUGGGGUGAGAGGAGCAGAGACGACGAGUGUGAACGCAUCAUAGCAGGCAUUGACCAACUCAUCACCGUCGGUAAGCACACUCGCCUCACCACUGCAUUUUGGUGCUAUUUCCUCCUCAGCAGACCUCGCAUUGUAUACCAUUCCUAGAUGGGCUAGUGAGGUUUUGAAUUUCAAAUUCACAGCACUUCUUAUUUUUUAUUUAUUUUUUACAGAUAUUGUAGCCCCAUUCUCUGGCCCAGUGGACAUAGUUCAGUAUCCAACCUACUGCACUGCGAUAGCCUUCCCGACAGACUUGGGCACCAUCAGACUGAGACUGAUAAAUAGGUUCUACAGGCGACUGUCCGCUUUAGUUUGGGAUGCCAGAUACAUUGUGCACAAUGCCCGGACCUUCAAUGAGCCAAGGAGCAAGAUAGCCCAUUCAGCAAAACUUAUCACAGAUGUCCUGCAAAAAUUUAUCAAGUGAGUUGUCCAAGUGUUGAGCUUAAACUUAUACAGAUUAAUGUAUCCGUAUUUAACAACUUAUGUUGCCUUUUUAUUUCCUCAGUCGACCUAGCUGUACAGAUAUCAUGGAGAUCUACAAUGCUAUUGAAGACAUGGACUAUACGGAUGAUGAGGUAAAUCAGGUUUGAUCAUCAAAUCAUUCAAACCUUGCUGUGUAACUUUUGGGAUGAACUGAUAUUUGAAUGUCUUUCCCAGGACCUGGAAGAGGCACCAGGCCCCUCUUCUGGACACAGACUGCGUCAGGUAAGUAAUGAAAGAUUAUGUAAAAACCAGAACAUCUUUGUCUUAAAAUCAGCAAUGAAAAUUUAGGGAAGUGGCUGGGAUGUUAUCUUAUAUCUUAUGUAUGUGUCUUCCUUCACCGCAGCGCUCUGUGGAGACGGUACCUGACCGGGACUCCUGGAAGGGGCAGUGCAAGCGUCUGAUGAACUAUGUAUUUGAGUGUGAGGACUCAGAGCCCUUCCGAAAGCCUGUGGAUCCUACCUCCUACCCAGUAAGAGAACACGGAGAGUUCUACUGUAAUAGUGACUCUAGCUUUGACAGAACUGUUGAUCUGUGGCUCAUGUCUGUUUGCAGGACUACCUUAGCAUCAUUGACACUCCCAUGGACUUUGGGAUGGUGAAGGGGACCCUUGAGGAGGACCGCUAUGAAAACCCCAUGGAGCUCUGCAAAGACACACGUCUGAUAUUUGCCAACGCUAAAGCCUUCACACCAAACAAACGCUCAAAGGUAGUUCAGCUCUUGCAUUUCCAAACCAUACAAGCGAUUCCAGUGUAAGAAAUCCUUAUACCUUAAUCAAAAACUAGAAUUCAGUAAUCUUAUAUUGAGUUGAUUUUUCAUUUAACAUUGGUCAGGUUCUGGAUUGUCAUCAAUCUAGUGACUAGGACCUGCUGCCAAUUUGCUAUGCUAUACAGAUUUGUAUCUCCUCUGUCCCCAGAUCUACAGUAUGACUUUGCGGCUCUCUGCAUUCUUCGAAGAGCGAAUCAGAACAAUCAUAUCGCAAUACAAAACUGCCGUCAAGAGCAGCGAGAUGCUCCGCCGCAGCCAGAGGUUCCGGAAGAAGCUUCAGCACCACGUGUCUGCUGCACCCAGCAUUACCACCACAAAGUAGGCCUCACUUCUACUGCCAACAGACCUCAUUGGGCUUAGGGACGUGUACUUGUGUGGUCCACAGGACCUACAGCACUUCUAAUGAUAUUGUUCUUUCCCUUCAGUCAAAAGAGGGCUGCUCUAAAAACUCAGGAAAAAGUGGAAGUGGCGUCGACGACCAAAUCUACCUCAGCCAAAGUGUCUGCUCCUGAGAGAACCAGGAGGAGGAGCCACAACAGUGACAGCUCAGGCCACAGCUCUUCUGAAGCCUCCUCAGGGUCAGACUCUGAGAUUGAGAGUGAGUUAUCUAUGAGUGACUCUGAAGAGGAGAAACGCCCAGGGUCCUCACGGCACCAUCACAGCAGAGAGACCAGGGGAACCAGAAGAGUCACCAGGAACAAUGGGGCAAAGACUACAAAAAGUUAGGAUUUCACAUAAAUCUGGCAGAAGGCAGCUAGCGAGACAUCCCUUAGUCUCUGUCCCUCUUAUAAAAUCCCUGUUUUUAUGUUUUAUUUCAGUUGCUGAGAGUGAGGAGGAGUCCUCCAAUGAGGAGAGUGAGGACGGUGGGAAGUCGUCCAACUCUUUGUCUCGCCGAUUCCCAAGCAGGUCCAGCAGCAGGAGCACCAGGCUGACCAGAAACAAUGCUGCUGCCCAUAGGAAACACACCAAACGGCCAGGUAAACACCAUCACACCAUAGAGCAGGGAAAAGGAGGGGUAACUAGAGCAGGGAGUGGUCAGGCAAAUGCCCUUAUGGUUAAAGGUCUAAACUGGCCAUACAGAGCAGAUAUUAGUUUAGUUAUUAUAUGAUUAUUAGCCAUUAAAAAGUUGUUGGUGCUCUGUGUGUGUCCAGAGAGAGGUGCCCAGAUGAACGGUCACAGCAGGAAAUGUGUGCGAGAGAGGCGGCUAGACAGCGACUCUGAGAGAUCCCCAUACCAGGGUACAGACACCUACAGGGAGGAGAAUGUGGGCCACAGGACAAUGAAAAGGAAGACUGCCAGGGCGGCCGUCAACAAGAUGAAGCUUCUGGAAGCCUCUGAGGAAGACUAUGGUUCUGAGGAAGAGGACAAACAUAGGAGGAAAAGCAGCCGCCAUGCGACCCGAGUCAGCAAACGCACUGCCGUGAUCCAGAGCAGCUCUGAAUCAGAGGAUCAGUCAUCAGCACAGAGUGAGCACACAGUCAGCUUAGACUGGUUUGGAUCAACUAUUAUUGUUCACAGAUCUACUGUACCAGAGCCACAAAAGGCAUUCUUUGAGAACCGAUUUUCAACACUGUUGGGUAACAUACGCUUUCUCUCCCCUAGGUUCUAAAAAAGGCAAGGAUACAUUGGGUGAUUGGGAGAACAAUGAGGACAGUAUUGAGAGUGAAGCUUCAUCCUCUCGUUGCCAUCAGAAUGGAGAGAGUAAGAACUCCAGCAGCCGCAUGACGACCAGACAAGCUGCAGGGACAGGGGUUAAAGGUAAGAGCUACAGGCAUACUGUAAAUACUUUCACAGUCAUGGCUACUUUCUCUCUGCCUUUUCUCCAAGUUUAGUCAGUUGUUGCUGUAGUGUUAAUGUUUGUAUCUAUCUCUAUUUCAGAUUAUUUGUCUCAUGUAAAUGGGCACAGCACAAAACAUGACAGUAACUCGGAGGAGGAGGAGAGCUCUGAUGGUGAAGAAGAGGAGGAGGAAGAAAAAGAGGAUAAAGCUGUUGUGUCUCAGAAGUCCUCCAGAAGCAUGGCAACCGCUGCAGUGAGCAAAAGUAGAACUUGCAUUACCAGUUAUGUGGCAGAGGAGAAGUCUGGCUCCAGAAAGAGACAACACAAACCUCUGGCAAGCUCUGACGAGGAAUACCGAGACCACAAUGCUCAAAAGCACCCUCACCAAAACGGGAGAAAGGUGGAGAAAGAACAUCCUAAAGGCUCUGAGAAAAAUAGUAAAUUACCAUCAAAAAGCCAAGAACAAACAUCUGCCUCAACCCACAAACAGGAUGGCCCUGAAUCAGAGGAACUCAGUGACACCCCAAAGAGAUCAAGCUCUCGCAAGAAAAGAGUGAAGUCGGAAGAGGAGGAGGAAGAUGGGGAGGAAGAAGACGAAGAAGACCGCAACCACUCAGAUGAUGAAUCUAAGGGAGAAUCCAAUAAAAAACGUCAGUUGCGAAACAACAACAACAAACCCAAAAGACAGAGUCACACUGACUCUGUUUCAGAGAGCGAGGAGGAGGAAGUUGUACCCAACAGGAGAGCAAGGAGGAAACUGCAUGCUUCCUCAGAGGAAGAAUCUGAUCGGAAGGAGAAGCAUAGCCCUAGCAGGCGGCCUUGCCUUCGAGCCCAACCAAAAAAGAAAUACAUCAAUGAAGACUCUGAGGAGGACUUGAACUCUGAGAUGCAAGGCAGUUGUAAGAAUGGGAAGAGCAAUGCUGUUUCAGAUAAAGGACAUCAACGCAACCGACGAAAAGCCUCCCCAGCUGCUACAAAACAACAGUCCUCUUCCAAGAGAAAACGCAUUUACACCUCAGACUCCUCAGACAACCCUGAUGAAAAGAAACGGUGCAUGCCCAAGGCUAAGAGCUACUGUGAAGAUCAGGACGAGAGGGAGACAAAAAGAUCCAACUCCAAGCAUCCCAAGAAGGAAUCUCGAUCCAAGUCUGAACCCGAACACUGUAAUAGUCAGGAAGAUGCCUCUUCCCACCCAGGGUCAGAGGAUGAGAAGGAGGUUGAGUGUCCGAGGGAGAAGAGACAUUUGGAGCGACAGAAACGCAAGCAAAAGGAAAGCUGCAGCAGCAGUGCCCACAGUUCUGCCUCUGAAAGCGAGGAGGAGGAAGAGUCCUCUGCCUCUGAGAAGUCCGCUGCCAGCUCAGGGUCCCAGAGCAGUCCAAAGAGAAAAAGCCACAAGAGGUCAAGGGUCAGCGACAAGGGUGCCGCGCGCCACUCUCGACAACGGCGGAGGGACCCCUCUGAGGCAGACAGUGACCAGCCGUACGCGGAAUUCCAGAGAGGAGCGUGUGGAACGCGUAUCAAGACCCGAAACCGCGGCAAACGAACGGUGACAUAUCACGACAGCGAAUGA